AUGCGACUCGGACCUGAUCCAUCUUCAUACUCUCAGCCAGAUUUAGUGAAAAUUCAACAUAUUGAUCUUGAUUGGAAUCUUUUAGAUGUCAGCGACAUUAACAUUGAAUCGGUAAACGUCAAAGCAAACGACUGCGAGGUUCCUUUGAAAUUUCAAAUCUCUGACACUGUUCCCGAUAUCGGAUCGAAAUUAACAAUCGAUUUACCAACAAAAACUGAUGGCGAAUUAAUUCUUGUUAUUUACUACAAAACUUCUCCCAAUGCUAGCGCACUUCAAUGGCUCGAUGCGGAACAAACGUCGAACAAAAAUCAUCCUUUCAUGUUCAGUCAAUGCCAAGCCAUUCAUGCUCGUUCGAUCGUCCCUUGUCAAGAUUCUCCUUCAAUAAAAUUCACUUACAGUGCCACUGUUCAUCAUCCACCAGAACUUGUUGCAUUAAUGAGUGCAAUUCGUGUUGGAAAUCAAACUGGAAUCACCAAGUUUGAACAAAAGGUUCCAAUUCCUUCUUAUUUAUUGGCAAUAGCUGUUGGUGAUCUUUACUCAAAGCAAGUUGGUCCGCGUUCUCAUGUUUGGGCUGAGAAAAAUGUCGUUGAUGAAGCUGCAGCUGAGUUUAGUGACACCGAAACUUUCAUUCAAACAGCAGAAGAAAUUUGUGGACCAUAUUUGUGGAAAGUUUACGAUUUACUCGUCAUGCCGCCAUCAUUUCCAUUUGGUGGAAUGGAAAAUCCUUGCUUGACUUUCGUCACCCCAACAGUCAUUGCAGGUGACAAAUCUCUGGUUGAUGUUGUUGCUCACGAAAUUUCUCAUUCAUGGACGGGAAAUUUGGUCACGAACGCAAACUUUGAGCACUUUUGGCUGAAUGAAGGUUUCACGGUUUUUGUUGAGCAGAAAAUUAUCGGACGACUACGUGGAAGUCAAUAUCGCGAUUUUCACGCCCUUCAUGGAUUGUCAGAGUUGAAAGAUACAUUCAAGAAUCAAUUGAAAAACGAACCUGAACUCACUAAACUGGUUGUUGAUUUAUCAAAUGUUGGACCCGACGAUGCUUUCAGUUCAGUUCCAUAUAUGAAAGGAUCGACAUUCUUACGUUACAUGGAAGAUUUGUUUGGCGGUCCUACAAUAUUCGAACUUUUUCUUAAGAAGUAUUUGGAUCAGUUCAAAUAUCAAUCGAUAUUAACGAAAGAUUUCAAGAAAUAUGUUUACGAAUAUUUCAACGAGAAGAUUCCUGAACGAUUGGAAGAAGUUGAUUGGGAUAAAUGGCUUUACAGUGAAGGAAUGCCAGUUGUUAUUCCAAAUUAUGAUACAACUGUGUACGACACAUGCAAAAAGCACGCAGAUUUAUGGUCGAUUGCAACAACAGCUGACAUCAAAAUCUCUCCCGUCAUCCGAGAGGAACUUUCAAGUAUCCAAAAAAUUGAAUUCUUGUCACAAUUGUUGGAUAAGAGUGAAAUUCGUGAUUUGAAUGAAGCGAAAAUUGUUUUGAUGGCUGAAACUUAUGGUUUUGAUAACACUAAGAACUCUGAGAUUCGUUUUCGGCUAAUGCGGUUGAUAAUCAAAGCACGUUUGACUGAUCGCUUCGAUGAAAUCUUUGCUUUUGCCAACAGUAAUUUCCGAAUGAAAUUUGUUCGUCCAAUUUAUCGCGAUCUUGGCGAAUGGACAGUUGGAAAGCCUUUGGCAAUUGCAAACUUCUUAAAAGUCAAAGAUCAAAUGAUGAAAGUUUGUGCUUACACUGUUGCAAAAGAUUUGGGAAUUAAUAUUUGAAGUCAUCAAUGAAUUGUAGUUAAAGACUCAAUACUUUAAUAAAAAAUUAAUGAAUUUAAAUUUUCGGUAACAAAAAGAAAAUCUUUUUAUCGAAUUCAUUAAAACCAACAAA